AUGGCGGAUAUCGACGACCUAGACCUCCCGGCCCUGUCUCCCUCGCGUCCACGCUCAGACACCGCAUGGUCCGAGGCCUCGGACUCGCCACCGCUCCAGACCCCACAGACACCCAGUAUCCUUGGUGUACUUGCGGGUAAACGACCCUCAUAUACUUUCCAAUCGCCAUGGGCAGGCUCAUUAUCCUCCUCGUCAGGACACGCCGACCCGUCAGGCUCCUCAGCAUGGUCCGCUGCCCCCGAGUCAUACACUGGCACAAGCUACACCCAGUCUCCCAAGAGCACGUUCCGGACCCGCCAAGCCUCAGCGCCGUUCUUCGACCUAGACGAAUCGGCGGCCAUUGACGAAGACGACGGUGUGACCUCGUCCUCGCUGCCUUUGUCGCUUGCCGGGGUCGCCACCCAGCACGAUGCUAUGGACGCUGGUAUCAGGGGCAUUGCACCCCCGCACGCCGCCGCCGCCUCCCCCGCAUUGGGCUCGGACGUCUCCGCACUCAACCCCGCUGCCGCCCCCCUUGAAUCGACCUCACCGGCUUUGUUUGCUGCAGACAGCGCCCAGUGGCCAGCGACCAGCUCUUUCUCUCCUUAUUCCAGCACUUCGUCACCGUCCGCAUCAGCGUCUUCGUCUGCGUCUGGGGCAGGGAAUGCAACGCCCCGCUCACUGGGGGCGGCGGUACGCCGUGGGAUCGACCGCUCCAAGGCUCCCUUCCGGCGUCGCCGUGCCACCCUCGAUGCUGGCGAUCAAGGUUCUUCUGCCGCCCAAGAUGAUCCCCCUCCCUCACGCUUCAAGUCGCUUAUCACCAAGCAGCGCACGCGCAACCGUGCUCAGUCUCUCUCUUCAACCACUAGCGGGUCUAGUGCCAGCAUCCCAGCUUUGGCAUCUCGGGCUGGGUCGCAGGCGCCGAGCGUCCAACUCGCGUUUACUUCCCUCAUGUCGGCCCAGAACGACAGUAGCUACCUCGACGACGGCUCUAUUCUGCCCGGUGAAGGCUCCACACUCCAGCGUACAGUCAACGCGCGUAUGCACCACCGCUUCACAUCACAGACGCCGCCGUUCAACGUCGUCCUCGCCACUGCUGGACUGCACAGUCCCUCGGCCCCGGUGGGCUCGGACGAGCUCGUGUGGGGUACGCUCAGCUACCGCGCACCAGUGGCCAAGAGCGUCGACCACUUUGGCACAAAGCUCCCUCGCGAACUCAAGGUAGCCGUUUUCAAGGCUCUACUCGACACUUGGAUGGACGAAGGCGGCACCGGUCGAUGGGACGGGGACAAUGGAGGCCGACGUGAACUGAUCAGGCUCAGCAGGGUGUCCAAGGAAUGGCGCUCGCUCUGUUUCGACGGCCAGCUCUGGGCCACGGCCGACUUUACGCCUCUCGCCGCCGUGCUCCACCCCGGUACUGUCCGCCAGAUUCUCUCCCACUCACGCCCAUGCAUCAAGGACAUGUCCCUCCGCGGUCUCGAAGCGGUAACUGGCUGGGUGUUGACGGGGCGCGAGCUCGUGGACGGCCCAAAGAUCCCCCUCCUCUCGACCGCCUACUCGUCUCUCACGUCCCUCGACUUGCGCGGGUGUCACACCCUGUCGGCAUCGGAUGUCAUUGCCGUGGUCCAAGUGUCACCCAACUUGAAGAAGCUCAACGUCAAGGGUUUGAGGCUCUCUCUUCACUACGUCCUCCGCGCAGUUCGUCAGCACGUUACUGCCCUCGAGGAGCUCGACGUGUCACGCUGCUGGGGCCUCGAGUUUUUGGAUAUCGAGGCGUUUGUCGUCGCCAUGAGCCGCAGCCAGAAGAACGCACUCCAAGUUCUCCGUAUCGCCGGCUUGACCUCGACCACUGGCGGUCACCUGCUCCAGCACCUUGCGUCCGAGCUGCCCAACCUCCACACCCUGGACCUCCUGGGCUGUCGCUGGCUAGGGAUGUCCGAUAUACAAGACUACAUCACUGGUCUUGACGACCGCGAGUCCCCGCUCAAGCACCUCGUCAUCUCGAGCUGCACAAACCUCACUGCGGAAGCCAUCGAGCUGCUCGUCGACCGCAUCCCGAACAUUACGCGGUUCGAGGCCGCCGGGCUCGAAGGUGUAUUCUACCUCGACCCGCCGCCCACGCUCGCGCGGUUGGUCAGGUCCAUGCCCUUGCUCGAGCGUCUCGAUCUGGACGCCACGGGUCGGUACGGCGGCGUGUGCGAUCGCCUCCUGGACGAACUCAUCCCGGGCGCCUGCUCCGGCUCCCCACUCACCGAAUCGCGCUUGGUCGAGCUGCGCAUCGGGUCCGCAAAGAACAUCACCCCGGCCGCGCUCCUGCGUCUCGUCAACGCCCUCCCGAAACUCGCCCGGCUCGAAGCAGACGGCACCGAGACGGGCAACGCCGUCCUGCGCGCGUUCCUCUCGCGGUCCCGCGCGCCCGCCGCCAUCUCCCUCGUCGACUGCCACCGCCUCACACACGAGGCGUACACCCAGCUGGCGGCGCGGACACGCGCCCGCGCCGGCUGGGACGGAUACACCGCGGCGUGCUUUGCCUACUCGCCCGACGAGGUGCGCGUGCGGCCGGUGCUCAAGACGUUUUGGGCGUGGAGGGGCACUACGCCGCCGCGGAUCUGGCGCGAGGCCAGGGAAGCUGGCGAGGCGACGGUCGAUGACGGCGGCGCGAGUGGCGGCUCGCGCGGAAAAGGGGUGAGCAGGGGCAGGGACGGGAACGGUAAUGGUGGUUCCGGGAGGGGAGGUGCUUGGUGGAGGGGAGACGAUGUGGAUGAGAUGGAAAGGGGAGCGUGUAUGAUCAUGUAA